AUGUGGCGCCUGGUUUGUUUUGCUGGGCUGGCUUGCGGCCUGUUCUCUGUCCCUGUGUCCGGACGUCUCAAACAAGCGUGCCGACCAGUUCAGCUGACGGGAGAAACCGGGACGUUCACCAGCCCGAACUACCCGGACGACUACCCGAACGGCCAGAGAUGUCGGUACGAGAUCUCCGUGCAGCGCGACCAGAGGAUCCGCCUGACUUUCUCCGACUUCAACGUCGAGAGGGGCCUGGACCACGUGGUGGUGUAUGACGGUGACGAGAAGACUGGAGGAGAAGGGCAACAGUACACAGGCCAGCUGAACGUCGACCCUAUAGAAUCUACAGGCAACACCAUGACGGUAGUUUUCACAUCAGACAGGGCAGGGACUGCCUCUGGGUUCAACGCCUCGUACGUAGCACUACUGGAGCCAGGUACUACGCAGAGUCAGUCUACUAAAACUCACACGAAUUCUGAAAAAGUUGGAUGCGGGCCAUUGCUGUUGACAGGCGAAAGCGGGGCGCUGAACAGCCCGAACUACCCACAGGACUACCCGAACAACCUGACAUGUCGGUACGGCAUCGUGGUCGGUACGGGCAGGAGGAUUCGACUGACCUUCUCCGUGUUUGACCUUGAGAGAGGUUCGGACUUCGUGGACAUCUAUGACGGAAACUCUACUGACAGGCAAGAUCGAAUAGGGGUCCGGAACACUGGCGAGCUGAAUCUCGGCACCGUAGACUCCGCAGGUAACGCCCUGACGGUGGUCUUCACGUCAGACAGUGCCGGGACAUCUUCUGGGUUCAGUGCCACCUACACGGCAGUAGAUACAGAGUUAGCGUGUCCCUCCCGGCGGCCCUUUCUGGGGGACAGCGGCCAGCUCAGCUCCCCGUUCUACCCGGCCCCGUACCGGAGAGACGAGAGGUGCCGAUACCGCAUCAGGGUCGACUUCAGCAAGUCUGUCCGACUGGAGUUCGUGGACUUCGACCUCGAAGAGGGCUUUGACUUUGUAGAAGUGUUCCAGGGAGACACCACAAACCCUAAAUUUUCACUCGGUCGCUACACCGGCAGUAGCAAUCCUGGCGUCGUCGCGUCAGCGAGUCACUUCAUGAACAUCUUUCUCACCUCCGAUCGCUCGAUAGCGGGCCGCGGAUUCAACGCAACGUACACGUCAGUGGACAAAGUCUUCGCUACCUGCACGAUUGGCGAGUUCCGGUGUGCUGACGGAGUGACGUGUAUCCGGUCCUGGCAGAGGUGUAACGGCGAGGAGGACUGCAGCGACAGGUCGGACGAGAGAGACUGCGGUUCUGUCGACCUUAUGAGCACUGGCAACAAUGUAUAG